CAACAAACUCAACAGACUCAACAGACUCAACAGACUCAACAACAAGCUCAACAAGAAGUUAGACGUCCAAGUAUUCCUCAAAUUUCUACUUCAAGUCCAAGGAAUAGUAUUAUAAUCCCUGAAGAUAGAGAAAGACGUGGUAGUGGUAGUAAACCUGCUACUUUAUUGGAUGUAAGAGAAUCCAUGUUGGAAGUUAGACAAAAUUUACAAAAUACUUUGCCUUUUUCUGCUUCUUCAAGUCAUAGAACUUCUAUGAUACUUCAACAAAAUAAGUCUCUUCCCGAUGCAAAUGGAAAACCUCAUGGUUCAUCAAAACUUAGCAAUGUUACGGCUUCGCGUCCAAAUUCAGUUAUAUCCCCAUCUCGCCCGAUUUCAUCGUAUUCUAAUAAUGCUAGUUCCCGUCCUACUUCAUUUUAUAAAUCAAAUAAAUCAUCUAAUCCUCAAGAUUUUGAAGAAGAAGAAGAUGAUGAAAAUGAAAAAGAAUCUUCUUCUGCUAAUUCUAAAAAUUCUAAAAAUUCUAAAAGUUCUAAAUCUAAAUCACAAAAAUCUGGAGUAAUUAAAAAGAAUGGAUCUUCAUCAUCUGAUGAUUCUGAUUCAGCUCCAAAACAACCUCCAAUGUUACCUCCAAUUAAAAGUGUUGCUAAUCAAGCUAUAAGUCUUGAAAAAGUUGAGGAAGAAGAUGAUUCUUCAGAAGAAUCAGAAGAUGAUGAUGAUGACGAUGACGAUGAAUCAAGUGAAGAUGAUACUCCACUUGCUUUAAAAUCUACUCCUAAAAUUAAAAUAGCUUCUCCCAGAAUUACUACAAAGAAAAGUAAUGGUGGAAGAAUUGAAGCAUGGCUUGAACAUGUUUCAGGAUCACCUGAAGGAAUUCCCUCACGUCCUUCAACACCCGGUCAUUCUUCAACACCACCACAUUCUCCACAUUCUCCACAUUCCCCACAUUCUCCACAUUCUCCACGUGUAAGAAAAAUUUCGGAACAUAGUCAAUAUAGUUCAAGUCCACUUGGAAUGGGGCAUAGAAUGUCAUAUGUGGGUGAACCUAUUCAUGAUGCACGCAAUAUUCGUCCCAAAUCAGUCUAUAUUCCAGAAGAUUUACAACCACCUAAGCCAGAAUUUCAUCAACCAAGAAAGAGAAGUAAUAGUGAAUUUGCACCUAAAAAAAGACCAAUUUCAUUUAUGCAUGAUGUACCUCUCCCAGUUGGACGUGUUUCUCCAAGUCCUCGUCAAGAUUCUGGUUACUGGGCAAAAGAUACUUUACUUGCUUUAUCAGAUGAUUUACGUCAUAUGAGUAUAAUGAAUGAUUCCAAUGCUCUAUAUUCGAGAACUAGAAGUGCUAGUUUUAGUAAUCCUAGUGGUAGUGGUAAUAUCGCUAAGCUUUCUCCUGCAAAUAACAUUUCAAAAGUAAUGAAUCGUCAUAGUCAUAGACGUGAAGGAAGUUCAAGCAGUGCUCAUAAUAGUAGACCUAGUACACCACAAUUGCAGAUCCCUCCAAUUGUAAAACCUUCAAGAUCAAAAGAUUCAUUACAAACUCCUCCAAUGUCACCUUAUUCAUCUUCUACAAUGAACGGAAAUAGAAAUAGUUUUUAUGCAAAUAAUCAAAGAAUUUCAUCUGAACAAUCAAAAGUUUCAAAUAGAAAUUCUUUUUAUUUACAUCAACACCAACAAAAAAAUCGUAUUAGAUCUUAAUGUCAUAGAAUAUUUAAUUAUUAAUUAACAUACAAAGAACAUUUAAAGAGAUUAGAUAUAAUUAUUUAAGUAAUUUCGGAAUUUUAGGUUGAUGAAUGAUACAAAGACU